AUGCAUCCAGGUCUCAACGAUGUCCGGGAGCUUUCAGACACACAUUGUUACCAUAUUCAGUAUGAUGCCUCUGAGAGGACAGAGCUCCACACUCUGGACUCUGUGGCUGCACAGCAUCAAGACUAUCACCUGUUCAAAUCUCAGGAUCCCAGCAGGAACAUGGCCUAUCCUGCUCUGCAUCAGGACACAGGAGGAAAUGGAGAGACAGACUCAGAGGUGGAGAUCGUUCAUAGUGACGAUUCUGACAUUGCGGACGCUCUGUCGUGGACCACUCCGCUCCAGGAUAUAGACCCAGUCGUGGCAGAGACCAUGUCUGAAGAUGUCUUUACUUUACCGCAGACACACAGGAGCUUCAAGGACUAUGUCGGCAACAAAACCGACCUGGGCAGAGCUGUGAUACCAGCAGCCGUCCUCGCUGGUUACACUGGAAGUGGCCCCAUUCAGCUGUGGCAGUUUCUCCUGGAGCUUCUGACAGACCGGAGCUGUCAGUCGUGUAUCAGCUGGACAGGAGAUGGGUGGGAGUUCAAGCUGACAGACCCUGAUGAGGUGGCGCUGCUGUGGGGCCGGAGGAAGAACAAACCCAAGAUGAACUAUGAGAAGCUGAGUCGCGGUCUGCGCUACUACUACGACAAAAACAUCAUACGCAAGACGGCGGGUAAGCGCUACGUCUACCGCUUCGUCUGCAACCUGCAAGGCCUGCUGGGAUACGAGCCUGGAGAGUUGCAGGCCAUGUUGGACAUCGGUAGCAAGAGUCACUAA